CUCACUAGUCAUGGGGACUUUGGUCUGGAUUACAAACAGAUUUGUGAUCAACAGACUCCAACUGCAUCAUAAAGCAUACCCCUCAGCCAUGGAAUCAGAGGAGGUGGUCCGGGGAAUGCUGUACCUGUUCCUCACUGUGGUUGGCGUUCCGGGAAACACUGCUGUCAUCGUGGCAUUCCUCCUGGCACUGUACCAGGAGCAUCAGCUUCUUCCUGCUGACGCCAUCGUGCUGCACCUGGCUUGUGCCAACCUGCUAGUGGUGGGUGUGCGCUGCCUGCUGGAGACCCUGGCCACCUUCCGUCUGGCCAACGUCUUCGGGGACACGGGCUGCCAGGGGGUGAUCUUUGUCUACCGUACGUCUCGCUCCCUCUCCAUCUGGCUCACCUUUGUGCUGAGUGCCUACCAGUGCCUGAGCAUCGCUCCUCCCGGCUCCAGCUGGGCCUCCGUCCGUGUCCUGGUGGCUCGCUACCUGGCAGUGAUCUUCCUAACCCUUUGGGUCAUCAACACCUCCAUGAGCUCGUCAGCCAUAGCCUUCUCCCUGGGCUCCCGGAAUGACUCAGUCCUCAUGCAGCACAGCAUUAAUGUUCAGUUCUGCUAUGUUCGCUUUCCUACUGCUCUGUCCACACAGGUGAACGGGGCUGUCCAGGUAGGGAGGGACGUGGUACCUAUGGCCCUGAUGACCCUGGCCAGUCUGGUCAUCCUUGUGUUCCUGUACCGCCACAGCCAGCAGGUGAAGGGACUCCGCUCUGGGGCUAGCGGUGGGGCAGAGCGGCGGGCAGCUAAGGCUGUAGUGGCCUUGGUGACCCUGUAUGUGCUCCUCUAUGGGGUGGAUAAUGGACUGUGGGUGUACACCCUCACCGUGAGGAAGACCAUGAGCUCCUCACUGAUCUCAGACCUGCGCAUAUUCUUCUCGUCGCUGUAUGCAGCGCUUAGCCCCCUGGUGAUCAUAGCCACCAACAGGAAGGUGAACAGCAGGCUGAGGUGUGUGGUGCAGGAGAGGCCCAUUCAGGACAAAGCCACUACACUAUCUACUGUGUGAG